UGUCCUGGAGAAGAAGGGGAUUCUGGAAGCCAUUACGCUGCGCAGCGCACCGGAGAACUCCUCCGGCUCUACGCACUCUGCGCACCGAGCAGCGGCCAUGGCGCAAGCCGCGAAGAAGCGGAAGAUGAACUUCUCCGAGCGGGAGGUGGAGAUCAUCGUGGAGGAGAUCGAGCGCCACAAACACACGCUGGUGAACCACUUUAACGCUGGAGUCACGCACAUGGCGAAGAACAACGCGUGGCUGGAGAUCCUGGAGAAGGUGAACAGCGUCACCACGUGUCCGCGCGAGCAGUCCGAGGUGAAGAAGAAGUGGUCCGACAUGAAGACCGAGGUCCGCCGCAAGGUGGCGCAGGCGAGAGCGGCCAUCGAGGGCACGGCCGCGGACUGCACUCCAGUUCCCGUGAUCCUUAGCGCCAUGCAGCAGCGCAUCUGCAACCUGCUGGGGGAGGCGACCAUCAUCAGUCUAUCCUCAGGGGACACGGAGAUCAGCCUGUCCGGGGCCGUGCACAGCGACACCAGCGUCCCCCUGGAGGAUGUUCCAGCUGCUUCAGUGACCGUCUGUGACGAGGCGAAGCCGCUGAGCACUGAAACCACGUAUCACACGUUGGAGGACGGCGGCGUGGUGGAGUACUGCACCACCACUGUGAGUGACUCCGCCCCCACUGUGGUGGCAGCCGUCGAGGCUCCUGUAGAGAUGCUGGCCUCGUCCUCUUCCUCCCCGCCUCCUCCUCCUCCUCCUCAUCAGGCCCAGGCCAAACCUCAGGAGCUGAAGAGCCGCAUCGCCCUCAACUCCGCCCGCCUGCUGCAGGAGCAGCGCGUCACCAACGUCCACAUCCGGCAGAUCGCCCAGCACCUGGAGGGCCAGAACGAGCUGCUGCUCAUGAUGCGGCGCUCGCAGGAGGCGCAGGCGUUCGCCCAGGAGAGACAGGCCCAGGCGCUGGAGGGCACGCAGGCCGCCCUGCUGGCGCUGGUGCAGAUGCUCAGACCGGUUCUGAAAGACCUGCGCAAGUUCCUGCAGAGCGGGACGGAGGUGGAGAACACCAGCAGCUCCGUGACAGCAAUGACUGACGGGUCAGGACCAGAAGAACCAAACAGACCUAAAACACCACCUGCACCCCCGCCACAGCCGCCUGAGGAGACGCAGUAGUGUGUGUGUGUGUGUGUGUGUGUGUGUGUGUGUGUGUGUGUGUGUGUGUGUGUGUGUGUGUGUGUGUGUGUGUGUGUGUGUGUGUGUGUGUGUGUGUGUGUGUGUGUGUGUGUGUGUGUGUGUGUGUGUGUGUGUGUGUGUGUGUGUGUGUGUGUGUGUGUGUGUGUUCUCAGUGCACAAUGGAAAGCUCAGAAUUGCCUUCAGGAGCAUGUACAGUUUUUAUGGAUGUUUUAUGAUUCUGAAAAGUAAAGGGUUAUGUUGAACAUGGUUUUUGUUUUUUACACCGUGUCAUUAACUGAGUUUAUGUUUAACUUAUAGGAUGUUUUUGAAUCCAUGAAGAUUCAACUCUUAGUUUCUUGAGUCAUGUGAUGUUUUCUCUGACAGGAAUAAUAAUCGUCUGGUUUUUCCACCUGUCGUCACUUGUGUUCUUCACUUUGCAACAUCACUGGGCUGCACCUCUCAGGACCAACCAGCAGAGGGCAGCACGUGUUAGCAGUUUGAUCUGUGGCAGCGUAGACGAAUCAUCUUUGGAUUUAGAAAAUAAAACCACAUUUUGUGUCUUUUA